AUGUAUAGUGACUUUGAAGAAGAUCCGAUAGAUACACCUAAUUGGCUGGAUUUUCUUCCACAUCAUCCAAUAUUUCAUUCAAAUGAAGUAGAACAGUUGGAAAAUCAUUCAUCGAAAUCAUACGAAAAUACACAAGCAAAACAAUCAUGUUUAACUGCUUCAAUUAGUAAAAACCUUAUAGUGGCUGUAGGUUCUGAGAUAAGAGUCUUGAAUUUAAUGGAAUUCAAGUAUACUUGGCGUCAGGCUGCCGAGCGUGGUGAAUUAGGUCUUGAUGAUCUUGACGAUGGAGAAUAUUUACCUGAAUGGAUGAAUGAUAUUAAAUAUGUAACUCUCGAUACGCCUUCUAUAACUUAUAAUAUAAGAUCAAUUACUGUCAAUUUUAAAGAAAAAGGAACUUUAAUUGCUGUCGUUGGUGAUUAUGAAGUAUCUGUGGUAGUCAUGCCGAAAUCUACUUCUUCUACUUCAACAUGUGAGAGAAUUCAUUACAAAAUAGGCACUUAUUAUCAUGUUAUCGGAUCAAGUCCUAUAGCAAAAGUUUUAUGGCACCCUAUGAGUGAGUCCGGUUCCCAUCUGGUAGUUUUAACUGAGGAUAUGAAAUUAAGGUAUCAAUUGGACUUAAUGUACAACAUUCUUGAGGACGUCAAUGAACCAGAACAAGAAUUUUGUUUCUCUCCGACUCCACAAAGUGAAAUCGUGUCAUUUAGUACUGAAUCCACCAAAGCAGUAUCAUUUUGCUUUGGGCAAGGCCAGGAAGGAUGGGGUGGUUUUAUAGUUUAUGUUGUAACCGAUAACGUUGAAAAAUUAGUAGUCGAGCAUAAAGUAAAAAAUUGUUAUAAUUUACUCAAUCAAUAUCGACGACAAUUUGAAUGGAUGUCUGCUAUUUAUAAGCAAAUCGAGAAUGAUUCAAAUAAAGUCGUGUUCAAUCCCCCAGCAAUUGGUCGACAAUCAAUUCAAUUACAGGGUCCAUAUUUUAUACAACCAACUCCAUGGGAAUUAUCAGCACAUAUGACAGAUGCUAGUGAUAUAAUUUGUCUGGGAACACAACCAGUUAAUGUUAUUGUGAUAGCGUUUAAUAAUGGUCGUGUAGAUGUUUGUCUUGAGGUUGAUCGAGUGGAAGCCUUAUGGAAAAUUGAUGGUGCAUCGGAAAUUGAUAAUCCAACCUUGAUACUAUAUGAAUGUAUAGAUCUUGGUUUCAUAAAAAAUUUUGUCGUUCCUACUUCAUGGCGAAGCAACCGUAUAACAAAUUCUAUGAACAAUCCAAGUCUGGUGCAGGAUCCAUUUUAUGCAGAUACAUUUUAUGUAUACCAUUUCGCAGGUGUUCAUGGCAUAGUUCUCAAAGGUUGGUUAGAUGAUUUGAAUAAAAUAAUGAAAAACAUUGAAAAUGAAAUGGCAAUGGAUGAUUUUUUGAAGAAAAACCUUAAAUCUGAUGUCAAUUGGAUUGCUGGAACUUUACCAAGUGAUCCAGAUCCUUUUAUUGGUUUAUCUGUGAUGAGCGAUGUUCAACUCUCUUAUGCUUUGUUAAUUAUUUCAUCUACUCUACAAUUGAUUUAUCAUGAAUUAUCAAUUAGAAGAGUAGAUAAAAUGGAUGAUCUUUAUCGAUCUAUAUUUGAAAAUGAUAUUGAAAAUAAUAUAAGAUUCAAUUCUGAUUUAACUCAUCGUUUCCCUGAAUCAUUGAUGAAAUACUUGAAUUACCAAGGCCUUAUGCGUCAGCCAAAACUUGUUUUACCACGUGUCCCACAAAAGAUGGGUGGGACUGAUGAUGUGAUUGACACACAAUUUCUUCAAUCAGUAAUGGAUAUUAUACAACAAGAAAUAUUUGAAAUGAAAGAAGCAGUUAAAGCUCUUUGUUCAAGAGUCGAACAUCAAAGUAUUGAGUUUAAACGUCAGAUUACUGAUCUUGCGAGUAUUCGUUAUCGUUUACAUGAAUUUUCUGACAAACAAUAUCCAGAGUUAUCUGAUCGUAUGAGAGAUUUGAGAAAUAAUCAAAUAAAUCUAGAAUGUAAAGCUGAUACUAUCCUUCAAAAAUUAAUGUACCAAAAUGAUCCUAUACCGGGUGAAUUUGAAUUACAAUAUUAUGAGGCUUUAGAAAAGAUAAAUGAUGCCCUCAAAGGUGGAAAUGGAUUACGUGUUAAAAUCAAACAGCUUCAGACGCGUCAUAAAACACUUAGUCAAGAUUACCAACUUUUAUUACCCAGGAGUUCCCUUAGACAAUCGAAACAAUUCGUUAUUUUGAGUGGAAGCCAACUUAAUAAAGUUGAAGACGCUCUUAAUAAAGAAAUGGAUCUUAUCGAUGACACUACACGUAAGAUCGAAGAGACACAAGAAAAAUUAAAAAGAGUUUUCUAA